AACACUAUCAAAUUGAUCAAUCUGACCAUUGUCAGAACUUGUAAGUCCUAAUUAGUUCAGAAACAAAAGCCUUCACCUUUACCCUUCCCUAGGACCAUCACCCCUUUUCAAGAUUCCCAUUCACCAUCCCUUCUUGUCAAAGGAUAAAGUACCAUUUCCCGCCACAAAAGCCCUUCGCUUCAUCCUCUUCCCUCCCCUAUAUCACACUGUUUCUCUUUUCUACGCAAAAAGACCAUUGUCCACACACACACACCAAAACCAAACACCAAAAAAGAUGAAGGGCACAUCCAAAUUCAUCAUGGGAGCAACCUUGGCAAUGGUGGUAAGCCUCGCCAUUGUUCUAGGCCUCAUACUAGUGCUACUAGCUGAACUCUACUGUUCUCUCUUACUCCGCCGCAGAAAAACCAACUCCAACACCAACACCAACACCAUUCCCAUCUCCACCACUCAAACUACCACAACCAUAUCAAGUGCUCCCCCUUCACACACACCACCACACUCUCCUCCUCCCCCUUUGGCCAACAUUUAUUCACAAGGUGUCCUCCAAGCCCCUAGAACCUUCCUUUUCCCUUCCAAAGAUGAACAAAGCACAACUCCACGUGGCAUUGGUCUUGUCACUCUUUCACCAUCCCCACUAGCAUCAUUCUUGGCCAGAGCUCCACCACAACACACACUUCAAGUCAGUGCUAGUGAGGAGCACCUUGUGUACAUUUCCAACCCCAUUUAUGAAGAGGGAAAAGCAAGUGAAGCAAACACACCGUUCGAGACGCCACACACUUCACCCUCAAGGUUAGAGAGAAGUGGUUCUUCUGGCGAUGAUGAUGAUCAUGAUGCUGAGGCUGAGGCUCUAGCAUCCCUUUGUGGUUGUGCUCAUCAUUCACCACCUAAAGUGAUACUUACGCCACCUCUCACCCCUAUCAAGAAGCUACCAGCAGAGGCUUCUUCUGUUUCUCUUAGAGAUGCCACCUCCUUGAGUGAUUCUCAUAGCGUCAAUGGCCCCUCUUCUUCCUCCUCGGAUUCCCCUUGUACUUCUCCUUCGUGGUGAUUUUGCUUUGUUAAUGUACAAGUGAAAAUUAUUGCAUGAUAUGGAGCGACGUGUCCAUGGUUUUGGUUA